AUGUCCUUGGGUGGAAUCCUUUUAUGUAUCACAGGUUCUGAAGCGAUGUUUGCAGAUCUAGGACACUUUUCACAGUUGUCAAUACAGAUUGCUUUCACAUGUGUGGUUUAUCCUUCUUUGAUUCUCGCAUAUAUGGGACAAGCUGCUUAUCUAUCCAAGCACCAUGACAUCCAAAAUGCAUAUAGAGUUGGAUUUUAUGUUUCUGUACCUGAUAAAUUAAGAUGGCCAGUGCUAGUAAUUGCCAUACUUGCCGCUGUAGUGGGAAGCCAGGCUAUCAUUACUGGAACUUUCUCGAUCAUCAAGCAGUGCUCUGCUCUUGGAUGCUUCCCAAGAGUCAAAAUUGUCCAUACAUCCUCCAAAGUACAUGGUCAGAUUUACAUUCCAGAGAUCAAUUGGCUUCUGAUGCUGUUAUGCUUGGCAGUUACUAUUGGCUUCAGAGAUACCUGGCGCUUGGGUAAUGCAUCAGGUUUGGCAGUUAUAACUGUUAUGCUGGUCACCACCUGCCUGAUGUCUCUGGUCAUUGUUUUGUGCUGGCACCAGAGCGUAUUCCUUGCAAUUGCCUUUGUUGUCUUUUUUGGAACUAUUGAGGCUCUCUACUUCUCUGCUUCACUCAUCAAGUUUCUUGAAGGAGCGUGGGUCCCAAUUGCGCUUGCGUUUGUAUUCAUGAUUGUCAUGUAUAUCUGGCACUAUGGCACAUUGAAGAAAUAUGAGUUUGAUGUCCAAAAUAAGGUCUCUGUUGACUGGCUCCUCAGCUUGGGUCCCAGUCUAGGCAUUGUUAGGGUUCACGGCAUUGGUCUCAUACACACUGAGCUUGUUGCCGGAAUCCCAUCUAUUUUCUCCCACUUUGUCACAAACCUCCCUGCAUUUCACAAAAAGGAUGACCUAGAGUUUGAGAAAGAUCUAGUGUGUAGUAUAGCAGAGUUUAUAAGGACAGGAAAAGCGGGAACUAACAGCUUUGACGAAGACUCUGGUAAGGAAUUUGAGAAAAUGGCGGUUGUUGGAACACCUUCAACCCGGUUGGAAGGGAUUCAAGUGCGAGAGGAUGAGGUGGACAAGCCAGAGUCGUCAAUCGCAUCGGAGCUCAAGGAGAUUCGUUCUCCAGUGGUACAAAGAAAAAGGGUAAGGUUUGUAAUACCUGAGAGCCCGAAGAUGGACCGGGGUGCCCAGAAGGAGUUGGAGGAGUUGAUGGAGGCUAGGGAGGCUGGGGUGGCUUAUAUAUUGGGGCAUUCUUAUGUGAGAGCAAAGCAGGGUUCAAGCCUGCUAAAGAAGCUUGUGAUUAAUUAUGGGUAUGAUUUUCUGAGAAGGAACUCUACAGCUCCCACCUGUGCCCUAAGUGUACCUCAUGCAUCUACUCUAGAAGUUGGAAUGGCUUCCUAUCCAAUAAUGUCUUCAGAAGAUCUCUUAGGACAAUUUAUAGAAGGUUCUUUGGGAGUUUCAUCCUGUCUUUCGGAUAAACGCCGGCACAGGAUGUCAAUGAGGAUUGAUAAUCUCCAUAGUCGUGGAAUCCUGUUUCAGUUGGAUAAGGGCAUAUUUAACACAUGCAAAUUCGACGGGUUGGUGAGAGUAAAGUCCCUAUGGGCUGAUUCAUGUGGCAACAACUUGGCCAAAACUCACCCACCUACUGGGUUUUGGCCAAGAAGGCAGGUUGACCACCAAACUGUCCAAACCCAUGUGAGUACUUCACAUCAGAACUUCAAAUGCUAA